UUGGCAUGUGAUCUUGUGGCAUUUGUGCGUUGUGAACUAUGGAGAAUCUGUGCAAUUUUUCGUGCUGUUUUGACGUGAAGAAAGAUAUUUCGGGUUUCAUUAAUACUCUUAGAAGUCCAGAGGCAGCAGCCAACAACAGUAGUGAUGGAAAUGCAAAGCGUAAGAAAGACAAGUCUGAGCUGGAUGUACGAAUCAUCGGACAGGAACGAUUCAAUGAAGUCUUGUAUGUCUGGGAUGACGUAUCAUCGUUCUCCAAUAAGGCAGUUACUCAUGUCGGACUGUACGACCCGGCCAAGCAGAAAAACUCAGUCCUGUUUGUUCAUGAGAAAAAGCUGAAUAUCAUCAGUUGCACAAUGAACCAGGAACGCAGCAUGAUUGCCUACGUGACUCUAGAGGGACCAAGUAAAAGUGACUCGUACAAGGAUUCUACCAAACAGAAGACAAAGACAAAAAUAUCACCAUUUGUAGUCUACAGAGCAUUCCUAGCGGAGAUCUUCCCUCAGCAUCGCAUCUUUGACCUCAACGUUGAGAGGCGGAAUCUCCUAAGAGUUCAGUUUCUGUGGAAUCGUCAGCCCAAGGAUCGAGACUCAGCAAACCGAGAGUCCAAACUUCUCUUUCUGCUGCACAAAGAAUCAAUUGGUCUUUACAGCCUUCCUCUUGCGCGAAUGGGAAACAAAGGAGUGAUGAUGAGUGGCCCGCCAGACACCUUACAAGUCUUGAAACAAUUCAUCUGGGCUCAAUGGGAUGUCGUCAACCAACGACUCUUUGUCGUCUUGAUGAAGUCAUGGCCGGGUAACGAGAAAUUGGUACCCAUCAUGCGAUGCCUUGAGUUCAACAGUAAAACAUCCCCGGUCACCAAAAUAUUGGAGUUGGUGUUGCCUUUCCCAAUCAAAUUCAGUGCAGGAAAAGAGCAAUAUUCUGAUGUAACACCAAGCAGAACUAUGUCAGAAAGUUCUUUCAACAUGGAGGUCAUAGUUCAAGCCGGUGGCUCUUUCUGCGUCUGUUAUCAGCAUCCCACCAAACCUAAAGUCAAGACCCCGCCCACCCACAAAUCAUAUCCCAAAAUAUCAACAGUCCACACCUCGGAACGGCUCAGUACAGACAGUGACACUGACUCCCUUGCCGACAGUGUGGAGCAGUCUUCUAGUUUGCCCUCACAGAUGGAUCUACGUGACCCUCCUCAACCUGACACGAGACGUAGAGCCAUCUCAGACAUCUCCAGCUUUUCCCCUUCAGCGCCGUACAUCAAAGAAGAAACCCUCCACAACGCUGAAAAUCUUGAGCUCUCAAGUGAUUUAUCUUCAAUCACUUCAUCCACUGAAGUCGUCCACCACCCGUUACACCUAGACAUCCACAGGGCAACCCAGCACACCCAGUCACCCCGUGAGAGCCCCAGGACACCCAGUAGUGCCUUCUCAUCACCAAUGAUGUGGGGUGAAAGGGAGCUCCCCUCCCCACUCCCCAAUGCUGAGAAGCAAGACUUGGUUGAUCUGAACUACUCGGUGCUCAUCCUGCAUCACAUGACCGUCUUGCAUUGCAGCGUGCCUCAGAUACCGCGGGCCUUAGCCGAAAGCACCAAACUUUAUUUCACCUGUCUGGGAAGCUACAUUCUAGUUUACUCACCCGGUCACAUGUUGCAUCUUCUCAACGUGAGCCCAGAGAUCGUCCCAUGCCUACACAUUGCCUUCCAUGGACCGUCCGUCCCAGUCAACCCGGUCAUAGAGAACAAUGGUGAAGGGAGCAGUGCAUUCUGGGAUAGCUCCAAAGGCUGCCAGAUUCUGACGCACUUCAACCGGGAGAGAACAGGCAGCAUGAGUGGUGAUUGCAUCUUCAAUGCAGCAACAGGCAAGGUUUUCCGUGUGAGCAUCAACAAGGAUGUCAUCCCAAGACUCCUCAUCCAAGCUAACUGUCAUUCCGUCAAGUUGGCUCUGAUCCAUCUCAUCACUGUACACAUCAGAGACUCAGUGCUGAUACAGAAGUUUAUGAAGGAGUUAUCUAUGGACGUCACCAAUCUAGACUUGUCUGAGUUGAUGGCUGAGCAUUUGAUGGGAGCUACGUUCAGCGCUAUCAGGAGACAGUUUGAUAGAGACACGCUACGUCUUCUGCAGUUCACUAACACGGAUACUACAAGAGGACAGUUGGUUGAGACCACUGACGGAGAGAGACUGGUUAGCUUUAGACACGCUGGCUACAACACACAACCACAAGUAAAUGUACACAAGAGGGACUGGAUGGAGCGACGUCUGACCAUGGAAGUCAGCUCCAGUACCCUAUGGGAGACAUUGGAGCAGAGAGUCCGAGCACAUAGCCUGCCAUCCGAUCCAACCAUCGUCAGUAAACCACCACAACGGUUCCAUCCACGUAGUAUAGAACAAGAGAUACGCAAGCAGAGAACCCAAUCAGCAAUUGGAGUUGGUCUGACGAGGCAAGGACCAUCCACCCAGCGCUCCUCCUUCUUCAAGAAGAUGGCCGCCUCAGCGAGGCGAGCCAUGACCCCAACUAAGAAAUCAGUCAUCACUAUGCAGCCGGAGCGAGAUAGCUCAUUGGUGCUGAUGGACGAAGACGCCUCACGGCCUGACAACAGCCAAGAUGGUAUCUUGAGCAUGACUUCAGAACGAUUGACAUCCCACCUUAGCUUAUAUUCAGCCAGCUCAGUAAGUCAUGAGAAGAUUCUCAACAUGUCACAGGAAUACGUCAUGUGCCAGCUGCAGCAAGUCAGGCAGCUAGUUCUACUAAUGUUGCACUCCUGUGGGUACCCAGACCCACGCACUAUACCACGCAGCACCAUCAGAUUGAACACGAAGCCUCCGCCUAUGGGAUACCAACUCUUUCGUUUGCUGGAGAGAUUCUACAUGGCUGUGCAAUCCCUCUGCUUCCCAGUGCCUCCUGGUUUUCAGACGUUCUUCACAAUCCAAGGCUUUCGUUGCUUGGAGCCGGCCAUGUUCCUUCAGUACGUAGACCACGGCAUCUUACGUCUUACUGAAGAGUUCAUGACCCGGCUCAUGCAAGAAGUGCCAGAUGACACCGAAGAGCAAGUCAACAUGAAGAUCCAAAUCCUGACAAGACUACCCAAGGGUUCAGUGCAAGUGUUGCAACGUUGGAAUCAUCCAAUCAGCAUGGAGUAUCUGGCUCAGCAGUACGUAGCUGAAACACUCAAAGAGGAGGGUGUAAGAACGAGUGAUUAUAGGACUCGAUCCUCAAGGAGUGCUUCUCAGAACUCACAAAGCUCAGGCAUGUCUGAUGGGAGUCUAACAGGCAUAGCAUCCACCUUCCCACCAUUGUCUACAUUGCUAAGAUUACUGGAAGCAAAAGAUCCCAAGGUUUGGUCUACCAUAAAGAGCAGUGACGACAACUCUCCCAUUGUUCAUCAUCUUGACACCAAGUUGGUUGAGAGAGUUGCUCUAAGGCAGUCGGUGGAACAGUAUGGGUCAGAUCUGAGUGCUGUUUCCUUUUAGAAUCGUCAAAAGACCCGGAUACGAGAUACAGCAAAGAAACAACAAUGUCUGACCUCAUUUGAGUGCAUGUAGACAUUGGGAGCGUGCCAAUUCAAAGUAAAACAAUUAUUCUCUUCGUAAAAAAAAUUGUUUUAAAAUGGUGGCACAAGUUCAGGGAUAACUAAAUGGACGAAAUUUUCUCAAGGUAUUCAAAUAGGAUCUGGGUAACUUUGCUGGCAAAAUAUUGAAACAUUUUGAUGUAGAAAGGUUAGAUUGCAACCCUGACUGCAGCAUUAAUGGGCAAUUUUGGAAAACAGUAGCUAACAAUCCAGGAAAUCGCUUCCAUUUUCCAAUGUUUUGUUUCACACAUUAAGUCCCAGUUGGAAAAAUGUUAUCAGCAGCAGCAAACAUGAGUAGACCUGAUAGAGAUUACGACCCAUGGCCUAUAAAGGCCAAAAGUGAACCACGGAAAAAUGGACAAAGUGUUGAAACAAAUAUACCAGACAGGUAUCAACUGAGCAUUUAUUGAUUCCUCAUCUUGCUUGGUAUAAGCAUAAUUCAAUAUACUCAUAGGCCUACAGUUGGCCAAGGAUUUGAACAUGACACUUUAUUUUCUGGUUUAUACUAAAGUCACAAUUGCCUGUGUCCUGAUGGUUGUUGUUUUUACCUUCCUUUUAAUGGAAACAAACCUUAUGGAUUUAAAAUUGUAAUUAGUUUACGCAAGUAUCAUGUCCUUCAGUGACAUCCUGUCUGAUAAUAUAGUUCGUGCUGUGCAGAUUAUCAACAUAUUUGAUAUACUUUGCAAUGUAAAUAGUGCAAUAAUUAAAGUCUUAAAUAUUGAAAUUCUUCUCAAAAUAUACAACAAUCAUUGAUGGAUCCAGACAUAUAUUUUUGUAUUAAAGAAACAAAAAAAAGGAUGUUUUACUCCGUAAAUUACAGAAAUUUUCAUUAUAUUCAAAUAAAACUGUUUCGAGUAAGUUUAUACCAAAAUCUAAAAUAUUUCUACGUAUCUUAACCCAUUUUUUAGUUAAGAACCUGGAUCAAUCAGUGAUUUAAUCAGUGUUUAAAACAAGUUUGUGCAGUCUAGGUGCCAUACAACAUACAUGGUGCUAUAUAUGGUAAAUUUGAAGACAUUUCUGGCUUAAAAGGUGAAUCUAUGAACUUAUGCAAACUAAGUGUUCAUGAGAUCAUGUUCAUCAGCUGCAACAACCAAUAUUGCCACAUUUAUUUUACGAAAGAACAAUUAUUUCUUCUAACAUCGUUGCAUAUACUUACUUAGCCAACACAAAACCAAACUCUAUUAUAUCCAACAUAGAUUUAAAACACUGAUGUUAACAACACUGUACCACUUACGUCACCCUAAUAGCUUCCCUUACUAAUGUUAGUACCAAACAUUUGUGCAACAGCUCAAAAACACAUUUUAUCCAAUACAUCUGCGGAGACGUAUUUCACAAACAGUGAUAGUUUGUCUGUGGUACUGUAGUUCCAUGGUGGAUGUUCAUUAUUUUUAAAAUCUUCCAUAAACUUCAGCGAAUAUCAAUAAAAUGUUGUUGCAAUUUUUUACAGAUGUUUCAUUGAACGGCUUUCGAGAAUGUAGAUAUCGCUUUUCAAAGUUUUUUGUAUCGAAUCAGAAUUCUCUGGGGGGGGUUUUACGAGUUAGAGCGAAUGAUGUACGAGUCAUUGACAUUCUGACCGAUAAUUAUUUUGUGCCGUGCAAUUAUUGUCGUAUUUAAAAUAUAUCAGUAAAUUUUACAAAUUGUGUAGUUAAUAAACUCUUUCAUAUUCUAAUUAAUUCUAUAUACCCACUAAUAAAAACAAUCAGUGAUGGAUCCAGAUGACAAGUAUCAUACUUUUUCAUCAACUAAAA